AUGUCUGCUUUUGAGACACCAUCCUCCAACCCGUCCAAGCGGCAGAGAACAAACACCAGCUCGCGUCAAAAGUCCCUGUCAUAUGAUGACUAUACUGUUGGCUGGAUAUGUGCUCUUUCGGUCGAGUUGGCAGCCGCAGAGGCCAUGUUAGAUCACGUCCACUACCCGCUUCCAAACAAGCAAGAUGAUACCAAUGCCUACACCUUCGGCAGCAUUGGCAGCCACAACGUCGUCGUCGCUUGCUUGCCGGCAGGAUACUAUGGCACCAACAAUGCAGCCAACGUGGCAACGAAUAUGCAGAGAAGUUUUCGCCAUAUUAACAAAGGUCUGUUGGUUGGCGUGGGUGGUGGUGUUCCGGAUUCAACGGAUAUGAGGCUCGGUGAUGUCGUGGUCAGUUUUGAAGUCGUGCCGUACGACUUGGGCAAGGCCAUGCCCGACGGCCGCUUCUUUCGGACAAGCAUCCCUAGACGGCCGGCACAGUCUCUUUUGACAGCUAUUGCAAAGCUCAGGGCAAGUCACGAUCGGGCGCCGAGCAGACUUCCCGACAUCAUGGCCGAGAUGCACCAUCGCCACCCGCACAUGACCAGAUAUAGGCGCCCCAACUUGGAGGAUAAGCUAUUUGCCACUUUAUACAACCAUGUACAACCCUUACACGGGUGUGAGAACUGCGACUCGUCGCAGAUCCUGCCGCGAAGACCGCGAGAAACAGAACUCCCUGAGAUUCACUAUGGCCGGAUCGGAUCAGGAAACCAAAUAGUCAGAGAUGGACUCACACGAUCGCAGCGGUCAAAGGAGCUCGAUGUUUUGUGCUUUGAAACUGAGGCAGCUGGUGUGAUGGAUAUCAUCCCUUGCCUUGUGGUGCGUGGCAUAUGUGAUUACUCGGACUCUCAUAAGAACAAACAAUGGCAGCACUACUCGGCUGCGGUAGCGGCAGCAUAUUCUAAAGAGCUUUUAUUGAUGACACAAGACACUGAUCCCAAAAACAUCCUCCUAGUAGAGGAUUCCUCCAUAUCGAAGGCUUUAUCAUUUGGAUAUAUUGAUAACCGCCGAAGAGCUGUCAAACCCGCAUACGCCGAAACUUGCGAAUGGUUUCUAAAUGACCCCAGGUACCUAGCCUGGCAAGAUCCCGCCAGCUUUGAUGAUCACCAUGGGUUCCUAUGGAUCAUUGGUAAGCCUGGAGCUGGUAAAUCGACAUUACUGAAAUUUCUGCAUUUACACACGAAAGACAAGUGGAGAGAAUCUGCUGAUGCGGCAGUGACAUCGUUCUUUUUCAACGCGACAGGGGAGGAACUAGAGAAGUCAACAACUGGGAUGUAUCGAUCUCUGCUCCUACAAGCAUUAGAAAGCCUUCCGAGCUUACAACAUAUUCUCAAACGCUUCACAGCCUUUCCUCAUACACAAAAUAGCAGUCUUCUAGAUAUUGAGAUACUGGAAACGCUCUUCAGAAGCCUGGCCCAAGCGCUCGGAGACAAAACCCUGUUCUGCUUCAUUGAUGCUCUGGAUGAGUGCGAUCAGGAACAAGUCCUGAAGAUGAUCGAAUCGUUUGAGGCGCUAGGUGAUCUUGCCUCUCGGAACAAGACCAAACUCUACGUCUGUUUCUCGAGCCGGCCUUACCCAUAUAUUGAAGUAGAGAGAGGGCUCCGACUCCAGCUGGAUGCCCAGGAUGGCCAUGCCUCAGACCUAGAGAGUUAUGUGCGCAGCAAGCUACGCGCAGGCCGGGGAAAGAUGGCCGAGGAGAUUAUUCAGGAUGUUCUUUCCAGAGCUUCUGGGGUUUUCAUGUGGGUUGUUCUUACCGUGGAGAUUCUCAACCAAGAAAUUCGAGAUGGCCGCAUAUUUGCCUUGAAACGGCGUUUACAUGAGUUGCCAAGCGAUCUAAGCCAUGUCUUUCGCCAAAUUCUCACGCAAGACGAAAGGAAUAUAAAUGACAUGCUGCUCUGCAUCCAGUGGAUAUUGUUCUCGCGUCGGCCACUCACGACCAAGGAGUUUUACACUGCUGUGUCGUUUGGGCUGAACCCAAAACCAGAGACUGUUGUGCCAUGGGACCCUGGGCAGAUAACUGGAGAUGUCAUGGCUCGACUGGUGUCCAGCUCAUCCAAAGGUCUGGCCGAAAUCACGAAAUCUCAGAGCCCAACAGUCCAAUUCAUCCAUGAGUCGGUCCGUGACUUCCUGAUCAAGGAGAACGGGAUCGGAGAAAUUUGGCCAGAUCUUAGAGAGGACUUUGAAAGUAAAAGUCAUGAUCAGUUGAAAGAAUACUGCGAGGCAUACCUAAAGGUUGAUAUUUCGGACUUUCUCCCCUUCACAGACGGCCUCUCCACUAUGGAACUAGCCUUUUCCUUCCCGAUGCUUGAAUACUCGACUUCAUUCAUUCUUGAGCAUGCAGAAUCAGCCAGCCGGUCUAUUCCUCAAGGCGCGUUUCUAGCAGACUUCUCAAGUAGUGAGAAGUGGCCUCUAUGGAUCAACCUUCAUAAUGUGUUUGACAUGUAUGAAACUUUUCCCUAUUCGUCCUACGCGGAUUUGGAGUACGUUCUCUGCGAACGAGGCCACACAGAGCUUUUUCGUACGAUAUUUCGCCCAGACUUCCGUAGACUUGCUUCAGGAGGGCGAUACUCUACAUCUUUGAUUGCCUCCUCAGCGUCGGGCAACCUGGAAAUCAUGAAAACUCUACUAGCAGCCAGCCUCGAUGGUUUGAAUCAUCAAGAUCAAGAGGGGUCGACCGCAUUGGCCGUAGCAGCCAAGACGGGGCAGGUGCUGAUGACAAAAGCUCUGCUGGGGGCAUCUGGGGUAGCGACGGACAUAAAGGAUAAACAUGGAAAGACACCCCUACUAUGUGCUGCCGAACUGGGCCAUAAGGGAUGCUUGAGACUUCUGCUAGGAAUGAACGGCAUCGGGCCUGACUCGAAGGACAACCUUGGCCAAACACCACUUUCGUGGGCUGCUCGAAACGGCCACGAAGAAUGCGUCAUGCUUUUACUAGCUGCAAAAGGGGUUGACCCUGAUUCACAGGACAAUAACGGGCGGACACCCCUAUCUUGGUCCGUGGCAAACGGUCAAGUGAAGUGCACGCGGCGACUAUUGAUAGCUGGGGCGAGCCCUGACUUGAAGGACAACUCCGGGUGGACGCCUCUGGCAUGGGCAGUGGCAAUCGAGGAGUUGGCCUGUGUGAACCAGCUUCUUGAAGCCGGUGCCAAUCCGGAAUCGACGGACGACGACGGAUGGACACCACUGUUAUGGGCAGUAGCGAAUGGGUAUGCGUAUAUUUUCGAGGACGCUCAAUCAGAAUAA